AUGGAUGGCAUACCGAGUUCUCCAACGAAAUCAUCUCCCGACGGUUUGGAAAUGUCAUCUGAUUCCAAUUUAGAAAUCGAAGUUUCUGAACAAAGUUUUAUAUUGCAAUUAAUAAAAGAUAAUUUACUUUUGGUUGUGACGUUAACAGGAGUCGUUUGUGGUACAAUAUCUGGAUUAAUAUUAAGAAAUUAUCAACCGUCAGAAGAUAGCAUACUUAUAAUAUCAUAUCCGGGAGAAAUAUUUAUGAGAAUAUUAAAAUUAAUUAUUUUACCAUUGGUUGUUUCCAGUCUUAUUUCCUGUUCAGCUAGUUUAAAUGCAAAACUAAAUGGAAAAAUAGCUGUUAAAACUUUGUCUUAUUUUGUAUUGACAUCAUUUUUUAAUUCAUGUUUGGGCAUCAUAUUGGCUUUGCUCAUACAUCCAGGAAAUCAAGAAUCUAAAACAACAUUAGAAUUAGAAAAAGAUAAAAAAAUUAUCAACGUUUUAGAUAAUUUUUUAGAUAUAGGAAGGAAUAUGUUUCCCGACAACAUCUUUCAAGCAUUUUUUCAACAGACCCAUACAGUUUACGUUCCGGUAAAACCGUUAAAUAAAAAUGAUACUUUAAAUAAUAAUACGGAUUUUGAUAAUACAAAUUCAGAAUCAUCAUUUAAAAUGAUGAGAACUUUACAUCCAAGAGAUGGAAGCAAUAAUAUUGGAAUUAUAAUAUCGUGUUUAGUUUUUGGUACGGUUUUGGGUACGAUACAACCAUCAACCGGUGAACCUGUUAUUAAUUUUUUUCGUUGUAUUUAUGAAGUUGUUAUGAAAAUAAUGUCUGGAAUUAUGUGGUUGACACCAAUUGGAAUAUGCAGCGUGAUUUGUGGGAAAAUAUUAUCAGUUAACGAUUUAGGCAUUGUCAUUGCUCAAUUAGGUUGGUUUGUGUUCACAGUCGUGAUAGGUCUCAUUAUUUAUCAAUUUAUUGCUCUGCAACUGCUUUAUUUUAUUAUAAUUAGAAGAAAUCCUUUCAAGUUUUAUUGGGAUCUUGCUCCAGCAAUGUUAACAGCUUUUGCCACGGCUUCAACGGCCGCUGCUUUACCCGUAACUUUUCAAUGCAUGGAUGAAAAAUUAAAAAUUGAUCAGAGAAUAUCAAGAUUUAUAUUACCCAUCGGUUGCUCAAUAAAUAUGGAUGGUACGGCACUUUUUUUAAGCAGUGCCACAAUAUUUAUAUCACAAUUAAAUUCAAUGACUUUAAGUGCUAGUGAAAUAAUUACAGUGAGUUUGGUAUCAACUGCAGCAAGUAUGUCUUCUGCUAGCGUUCCAAGUGCUGCUCUUGUACUCAUGCUAAUGAUGUUGACUUCAAUCGGUUGUCCCGUUGAAGAUGUAUCCCUAUUAUUUGCCGUCGAUUGGCUAGUGGAUCGAUGUAGAACGGUAAAUAACAUGCUGGGAGAUUGUUAUGCAUCAGCCAUAAUAGAACAUUAUUCGAGAGAUGAACUGACGGCCGGUGAAAGAUUACCACUUCAUCAAGAAGAGACGAAAGAAGCAAUAAAAAAAAAUAUACAAAUAAUGGAUCAAUUAUGUUAG